CUGCUUUCUCGCAACCACAGCGGAUUGCAUCCUAUUUGCUACUGACUACAGCUAAGGUUGUAGCGAAAACCGGUGAUAUCAGUUGAUCCUCAUCUGAAGACCUAUAGGGUACCACUCUAGCUCGGAUCAUGUUUCGAUCUGGCUAUUGGGAUGACGAUCCCAUGAACGGAGUCAUGGGUGGCUCCAUGUUCCGCCAUGGAGCUGCUCGUCGCUUCGAUGAAUACUAUCGCUGCUAUCCUGUCGCCAUGAUGCCCGGCCCGGAGAGAGAGAACGUGAACCACGGCGGCAAGGUCAUCAUGCCGCCCAGCGCUCUUGACAAGCUCACUCGCCUUCAUAUCACGUAUCCGAUGUUGUUCGAGCUUCACAACGGCGCACGAGAAAGGUUGACGCACGCUGGUGUGCUAGAGUUCAUUGCGGAAGAGGGGAAGAUCUAUCUACCUUUCUGGCUCAUGCAAACCCUCCUUCUGGAACCCGGUGACCUCGUACAGGUCAAGUCAACCGAUCUCCCACCCGGUCAAUUUAUCAAGCUGCAAGCUCAAUCUACCUCGUUUCUCGAUAUAAGCGACCCGAAGGCCGUGCUGGAGAAUGCUUUCCGUAACUUCUCCUGCCUAACCAAGGGAGAUGUGUUCACAUUUGCAUACAAUGAUCAAGUUUACGAGAUGGCAGUCUUGGAAACCAAGCCAUCCACCGACACCAAUGCCAUUUCCGUACUCGAGACAGAUCUAGAAGUGGACUUUGCGCCCCCGGUGGGCUAUGAGGAGCCUCAACGCCCCAGCGGCACCAGCACUCCUCGUAGUGGAGUGGGCAACAAGCUGCCCUCUGGAGGGCUGCUUCAUCCCCAUGGAACCAUGGCACAGGCGAUCAACUACGCUGCUAUUGCCCCGGAGUCGACUGAUGCCGCGGCUGGUGCCCGGGCGGUCUCGUCAAACUUCCUCACUGGAGGACAGCGUCUGAAUGCCAAGAAGGGAAGCAAAACAUCCACACCAAAACCGUCUACUCCCACCCCAGGGACGACGAACCCGCAGCAUCCCCCUCCUGUCAGGAAGACCAAUGGCCCGCAGCCUCUGCGGAUAGGCCACAACCAGCUAUUCUUUGGAUAUCCAAUCAAGCCAGUCAAGAAGCGCGACGAGAGCGGACAGGUACUCGAGGACAAGCCUCGGUUCCAGGGAGCUGGUCAAACGUUACGAGGAAAGAAGAAAGAUACAAGUGGCUCGGCAACCCCUACUUAAGAUAACACCAGACAAGGCUGGAUUAAUGAACGCCGAUCGGCUAUGAGAAUAUGGGUCUCCCUUGCAAAGUAUAGGGGAAGCAGCCCCUGAUCAUUCUACCAGGACACGACCGCUGGCUUCCCAGGCACGCUAUAUUUAAGUCAUUGGAUGGGCUAUAGAAGGCAGCGCGAAAGCGUAGGACGGGAAUUUAGAGCAUAGCGGGGACAGGCGUUAACGAGGCUAUUUCGAUCACAUCAGGCUUGAUCCACUUGCAAUGCC